AUGUCGGAGGAUAACAACGCAGACAAAUCCAUCAAGGUAAGGUUGCAUUUUAAUACAGAGCAACUUUUUGCAUGCUGGAUGUUCUGCUAAUGUUAUAAUAAUGCAUUGAAAUAAGUGUUACUAACUGUAAGUCGCUCUGGAUAAGAGCGUCUGCUAAAUGACGUAAAUGUAAAUGUGAUAAAUGUCCGAUUGUAUUUCAUAGACAAGUCAGUUGCUUAGAUCUAGUGCAAACACAUUUUGUUCCUCUUGGUACGUUACUGUAGUAUUUUAGCAGUGUUGGGAGUAGUGAAGUACAUGUAGUUCAACAACACUGAACAAAGAUAUAAACGCAACAUGUAAAGUGUUGGUCCCAUGUUUCAUGAGCUGAAAUAAGAUCUCAGAAAUUUUCCAUAUGCACAAAAAGCUUUUUUCUCUCAAAUGUUGUGCACAAAUUUGUUUACAUCCCUGUUAGUGAGCAUUUCUCAUUUGCCAAUAUAAUCCAUCCACCUGACAGGUGUGGUAUAUCAAUAAGCUGAUUAAACAGCAUAAUUACACAGAUGCACCUUGUGCUGGGGACAAUAAAAGGCCACUCUAAAAUGUGCAGUUUUGUCACACAACACAAUGCCACAGAUGUCUCAAGUUUUGAGGGAGCGUGCAAUUGCCAUGCUGACUGCAGGAAUGACCACCAGAGCUGUGUCCAGAGAAUUAAAUGUUCAUUUCUCUACCAUAAGCUGCCUCCAACGUCGUUUUAGAGAAACUGGCAGUACGUCCAAUCAGCCUCACAACCGCAGACCAUGUGUAUGGCGUCGUGUGGGCGAGCAGUUUACUGACGUCAACGUUGUGAACAGAGUUCACUUUCCAUGUGUAUUAGUUACAUGAAACCAGCCUGGUUUUGUUUUCCCCUCAACACAAUUUAGUGCCCCCAAGUAAACUGAACUCUAUGGCAGUGGCAUAAUACCCAUAACCUAGCGGUCAAACAGGGAAAUGGUUCCAAUCGUUUUUCCACUUUAAUUUUUCCCCAAAGGGAUUUUAGAAACACUUAAAAUAAGGGCUGUGUUUCAUAUAGGCUUACCCUGGCAUGACGGACAAGGUGACUUAUCAAUAUAGUUGGCUCUAUUUACUUUUAUAGAUGAAUAAACAUUAAACCUCUAGUCAUGGUGUGUCAUGGUCAGAAUCAGGUGUAACUAACUUCCAAGCACCCUGAAGCUCAAGUGAGUAGGGUAUUCAAGACUAUAAUUAGCGUACUAGAUGCUUUUAGCAGGAAACACUCCUAUGUAUUAAGGAUAGAUACCUCCUUGUGAACCCUUUCCCCUCUCUCCAGGUCUGUCUUACAUUUUAUCCAGCCAGCCUCUCAGUCUGGACCUCUAAUCAACCCCUCAGAUGCCUGGCCUUGUCUCUCCUGCUCUUGGCUGCUACUCUUAGUGUGUCAGUGGGCAUCCAUAUUAAACAUAAAAUGUGAUCCAAGUGUCCCCUGCUGCUCACACAGCUGGUUCAGAAUGUGCUAAGGAUGGGAGGAGGCCCUGGGGGGGGGGGGGGGGGGAGGAGAGUGUCGGUUUCCACUAGAUGGCACAGCCACAAAGUCAAAAUUGUCUAUAUCGUAAAAAUUCAUGAAAACAAAAAUGUGCAUUUUGGUGUUAAUUUAAGGUUAGGCAUAAGGUUAGCAGUGUAAUUUAAGGUUAGGUUUAAAAUCUGAUUUUAAGAGAAAUUGUAGAAAUGCUACAAAUGUUUACUAGUGACGACGAGAGGUGCUGGCUUUUUGGAAUAGCCUAGCGCUGAGAAUUGGAACACCGCCUGGGGCAAAAAGCUCCAAAGGCCAGAAUGGCCCACUAGAGUGAACAGAAAAAGGAAAUGUUUUAAGUGGCAAAUAAGGAGUUCACGAUAAGCAUUUAGAGUUUUUGUAAACAACUCUUCCUAGCUACUUGCCAAAUACGCCCUUGCUAGUCAUAGGAUAAAAAUGGUUGGAGCAGAGCCCAGAGGUACUGGAUAGGGGUCAUCUCUGGUCCAAGAAAAGCCUCUGAGUAAUUGGUAUGCAUUACGAUAAUGGCCAGCGAGUGUAUACACAACAGGAGCUUGACUUAGCAAAAGAGAGGAAUUGGACAAUAUUAACUGUGAACAGGGAUGCUGCUGCCUACACAUGUUUUCUGUGUGAAAUGUUCCCAGAUGCAGGACUGGUUGGAGGACUUGAAAGGAAAAAAAUACUUAUUUCUACUUACAGCUAUUUAUCAUUUUAAAGGUACAUGUAAUUGACCCAGAUGCAUUCUUGAUUUUGUCCUCCUCUCUUAGGAAACCUCAAUCUUGGAGGAGUACAACAUCAACUGGACACAGAAGCUCGGGGCUGGGAUCAGUGGACCUGUUAGGUGAACAUUGUUCUCGCAUAGGUUGCCCUAUUGAAGGGUUCCCUUUGCCGUAGCCGUAGCAUUUGUGCAAUGUAGGAGAUCCAUAAAUAUUAUUGCAUAAACCCAGAUGAGGUUCAAGAGUUGUCCUCCAGAGGAGUCCAGUGCUCUUACACUGGAUUGGAGAAGGUGGUGUCACUCACACCUGUUAAAGGUGGUAUUACUCAGUGUGUUUACAGUGGCGCCUGCCCUGGCAGCACCAGCAGCCUCUCAACCCAUUGACACAUUACCACACUGACCGGGUCGUCUCUGGAUAGGGCAUUAGUGUCAAUGUGUUUGGGAUUCACCUCGUCAGCUAUGGAGGGUUGUUCCAACAUUCUCAUGCUUAGGGAAUUAGACUUGCGUUGAAUUACCUUCACCUCAAAGGCUGCCUUACACUUUCCUGAUUCAUCUUUGGCCAGGCUGCGCGGAUCAGAGGGGUAUACUACGACGCUAGCUAGAUAUUUUCAGGAUUUUCUAAAGCUAGCCAGCUUCAGUUGGCUUCAAAUUUCACCUCAGGCUUCAUCCAUGUUACGAAUGUGGGUAUUUAGCAUGCACCCGCUGUUAACUCGAGCCAGCUUGUAACUGCGCGUUCGUGUUGAAUGUGGGUAGUCGAACGCCAAACUCUUCAUUGAGACAAUGCUGAAACUGCAAUCCAUGGGCGAGUCACUGUCACACUUUCAUUUUUGCUGAAAAUGAAAGAAAGGUUAUCUUGCAAAUUCAGCGGGCUAUGGUGGGAUAUAGGCUACUACAAAUGCCGUUAUUAUUUUAUUAAUCAUAUUGUUAAUGUAGUCUUGGUGUGCUUAUCAAUGCACACGCCCCUUUUUCUCCACUCCUAUGGAUGAAAUAAUCCUAUUAAGACAUACAAAAGUAACGUUUUACCACGUGUGACGUUUCAAAUGCAUCCUGUCAUUACUUAAUGUGUAGUGUGAUGUAUUGGGCUGGGAAUGGCCAGGGACCUCACAAUACGAUAUCACCAUACUUAGGUGCCGUUACGAAAUGUAUUGUGAUUUUCACGAUUCUAUAUGCAUUGCGUUUUUUUCCCAAACCUAUUACUCCACCAUACUGUAUGUCUGCUGCAGAGGGACGAGAGAGCCAUGAGAGAACGACUUUUGAUCAGUCAUGGAAAUAAAAGUCCUGAAUAAUAAUUGGCUCACUAUUUAAAAAGAAUAUGGAGAACAAACUAUGAAGGAAAAAUACUGGCGUUUUGGUGCAGGUACAGCCGGCUAGCGCAAAAAUAUUAUUGCAAAAAAUUAUAUUGCGAUAUAGCGUCAAAGAAUAUCUUGAUAUGGAACUAUUGAUUUACCCCCACCCACCGCCCCCCAAUCACUAGUGAUAUAUAUUUCAAUAUUAUUAUUUUUAACACUAACAUUUUGAUUUAAUAAAACAUUUAAUCAGUCAUCUUCCUCAAAUAUGGUCCGGAGAGUGAGGGAAUCUAAUUUGAUUGGUCCUCAACUUGCUGCUGAAAAACUUCAUUCAGGAUAAAGUGGAGCUAGCCUGCCCAGGAGUAGGUUAGAGCUGAUGGCGUUGCCAUAGAAAUGUACCUGGCUAAAAGGUGAACCACCUUCGUGUCUACUGUUAUCCCGAGUUGAACAUAGAAUUGACCAAAGUUAGCUUGCUAACUCCUCCAGCUUCAUAGUACACCCCUCAGUUCUUGCUGAGAGUCAAUUGUUAUCUGGACGAUAGGCCUUGUUGAUAUGAUUUGGCCUUCUCUCUGAAACACCUGGAACAGCUGAUAUGUGACUCAGACUCCAACAGAGUUCAAAGUCCUGGGUUAAGGUUAGCAUUUGUCAUAGUCUUAAGGCUCGCACACAUCGUACGUAAUGUGGAUCUAGUGUUCGUCUGCCGAACAUUCAGCGUGUAUGUUUUAGGGACAAUUUUCAUGCGAUUCUACAUGUAAAAUUGGUGCGCACUCUGUUUGCAGAUUUACGUUCAGAGGUGCUAAGUACUCUCUGCCAGCAAACAGUCCUGGUGUGCCUGAGCUGUAAGUCCUUAGCGGCUCACCGUUCCUCAUGGUCUACUGACACACAGCGAACACAAGCUCUUCCAUUCCACUGCAUGCCGCACCACUUUACUCAUUGAUUCAGAAUGGAGACUCGUUGCUUUCUGUCUAGGCUGAUUUCUUGGCCUAUCUAUAGCUAGAUGCUGUAGGCAUUACUGGCCUAUAUCUUUGCUCUCUCCUUCCUUGUUCCCCUCAUACUCUUUCUGAUGCUUCAGGAAUUUCACUCCCCCUGUUGAACUUUGGUCGAGCAGAAUGUUCCUCCAGGAUAGGCUAGGUUUUAUUCUUAGUGUAAUCUGAGUUUAGGAGCAGAGGUUAUGGUUUGGAUUGAAUGUUUGUGUCCUCAGUGAGAGGCUGGUACUGGUAUUAAGCCUACUCUUAGUUAACCUAAUAACGGUGUGGACCAGCAUUAGCUCUAGGGCUGGGAAUUGCCAGGGACCUCACAAUACGAUAUUAUCACGGUACAUCGGUGCUGAUACGAUAUGUAUUGCGAUUCGAUACUGUGAUGUGUUGUUCUAAACAUAUUGCUGCUGCAGAGGGACGAGAGAGCCAUGAGAAAAUGAGUUUGGAUCAGUCAUGGAAAUAAAAGUGCUGAAAAGAAAUUGGCGCUCUAAUUUAAGAACAAGAUGGAGAACAAGCUAUGUAGGAAAAAUGCAGGAUUUUAAUACGAGAUUGUCAAAACGAUAUGAUAUAUCGUCAAAUUAUAUCCCGAUAUGUAACGAUCGAUAAAAAAAAAAAAAAAAUCCCCCAUUCACUAAUUAGCUCUAGGGCUGCACGAUAUGGGCAAAUUAUGUAAUGGUGAAUUUAAAAAAAUGUUUUUAUGAUAGUUUUCCUCAAUCUUGCAAUUGCAAUAUUACUUUUGAUUUUAGAUCAAAACACUUGGGUGAACUGUGUUCGAAUCAUAGAAAUAAAGUGUGUAUUCCAAUUCUAUGAUUGGUGGUGUUUGGCAUGACAACUAAUGAAAAAGCCAGGUACAGUAAAAGUUGUGACAGGGUAGGAACCAAAGAGUUGGUUGAAUUUUUUUUUUGCCGCCUCUUGCGAUAUUAAAAUUAGAUGCAAUGUGCAGCCCUAAUUAGCGCCAUGAAAAGCUGGCUCACUAUUGUUAUAUUGUCUGAUUUUCUUCUUGACAUAUUUAUCUUCCUCUCCAUAGAGUUUGUGUUAAGAAGACGACUCAGGAACGAUUGGCCUUGAAGAUCCUCAUUGAUCGUCCCAAGGCCCGAAAUGAGGUUUUGAACCAUUGUUUUGGUUUUCUGAUUGUCUUUUGUUCGUGUCGUCCUUGUCUGUGUGUCAUCUGCACUUUAUGUGUCUUGUGUUUGGUCUGUUUUGUCAGUGUUGAGUCUGCUGUGUUGUCUUUGUGUACGUCCCAAAUGGCGCCCUAUUCCCUAUAAAGUGCACUGAUUUCGACCAGGGUCCAUAGGGCUCUGCUCAAAUAUAGUGCACUAUAUAGGGAAUACGGUUUCAUUUAGGACAUAAUAUGCAGUCAAAUAUAUUGGCACCCUUGCAUGAAACACAAUUUCUUAAAAAAUAAUACAUUACAUUUUAUUUUACAACUGUACAGGACCAAAAAUAAUAAUUGAAACUGAAAUUAAGAUUUUUCACUUCAAAGUAAAAAAUGGGCUUGACUAAGUUAUUAAAAAUGAUUGUUUACUGUAUAAUCUCUCACAUGGUAAGUUGCAGGUGCAUACAUGGUAAAAAUGGCCAUUCAACUACACUGUGUGCACAAUUAUUAGGCAAGUCAGUAUUUUGACCAUAUCAUCAUUAUUAUGCAUAUUUCCCAACUCCAAGCUGUAUAAACUGGAAUGCUUAUUGGAUUUAAGCAUAUCAGGUGAUGUGUAUUUGUGUAAUGAGGGAGGGUGUGGCCUAAGGAAAUCAACACCCUAUAUCAAGGUGUGUAUAAUUAUUAGGCAGCUUCUUUUCCUUAGGCAAAAAGAGAGAUUUUAACUGACUGAAAAGUGAAAUUUUUUAAAAAGUAUUUCAGAGGGAUGCAGCACUCUUGAAAUUGCUAAGAUAUUGGGGCGUGAUCACAGAACCAUCAAAUGUUUUGUUGCAAAUAGUCAACAUGGUCACAAGAACUGUGUUGAGAAAAAAAGAUGCAAAUUAACUGCCAAAGAUUUGAGAAGAAUCAAACGUGAAGCUACCAGGAACCCAUUAUCCUCCAGUGCUGUCAUAUUCCAGAACAGCAAACUACCUGGAGUGCCCAGAAGUACAUGGUGCUCAGAGACAUGGCCAAGGUAAGGAAGGCUGAAUUCCGACCACCACUGAACAAGACACAAGUUGAAACGUCAAGACUGGGCCAAGAAAUAUCUGAAGACAGAUUUUUCAAAGGUUUUAUGGACUGAUGAGAUGAGUGACUCUUGACGGACCAGAUGGAUGGGCACGUGGCUGGAUCAGUAACGGGCACGGAGCUCCACUUCGACUCAGACGCCAGCAAGGUGGAGGUGGGGUACUGGUAUGGGCUGGUAUUAUUAAAGAUGAGCUAGUUGGACCUUUUCGGGUUGAAGAUGGACUCAAACUCAACUCCCAAACCUACUGCCAGUUUUUAGAAGACACUUUCCUCAAGCAGUGGUACAGGAAGAAGUCUGCAUCUUUCAAGAAGACCAUGAUUUUUAUGCAGGACAAUGCUCCAUCGCAUGCAUCGAAGUACUCCGCUGUGUGGCUAGCCAGUAAAGGCCUUAAAGAUGAAAGAAUAAUGACAUGGCCCCCUUCCUCACCUGACCUAAACCCUAUUGAGAACUUGUGGUCCCUUCUUAAACGGUCGAUUUACGGGGAAGGAAAACAGUACACCUCUCUGACCAGUGUCUGGGAGGCUAUGGUUGCUGCUGCACAAAAAGUUGAUAGUCAACAGAUCAAGAAACUGACAGACUCCAUGGAUGGAAGGCUUAUGACUGUUAUUGAAAAGAAGGGUGGCUAUAUUGGUCACUGAUAUUUUUUGUUGUAAUGUCAAAUGUUUAUUUAUAAAUUUGAGUUUGUUUGUUAUUCUCACUUUAACAGAUGAAAAUGAACAAGUGAGAUGGGGAACUUUUCGUUUUUCCAUUUAGUUGCAUAAUAAUUCUGCACACAAAUAGUUGCCUAAUAAUUGUGCACACAGAUAUUCUCCAAAGAAAGCCAAAACCUCACUUUUACUUUCUUAGAUAUUCAAGUUUGAGGUUUAUUAACAUUUUGGAUUGACCGAGAGCACUGUAGUUGUUCAAUAAUAAAAUUAAUCCUCAAACAUACAACUUGCCUAAUAAUUGUGCACACAGUGUAGUUAAAAAAGAAGAAAAAAAAAGAACAUUCUGCUCCCUUGCACUCAAUUGGAAAGUCACUCAGCCACCCAGCCCACUACUUACUAUUAGAUAAAGCACCUUGGCAGAGUAGUGAACUGCAUGUGGUUCAGCUAGUCAUUGAAUUAAAUUCUGCUGUAGCUUGGUGGUAGUUUAACUAAAUUCAAAUGUUGGUAGUGUUUUCAGUAGUUAAUUACUUAUUUGCCAUGUAGUGGUGUAGCUAACUACUGGAACUACACACUACUCUUUUUGCAAAAAUAAAAUAUGGGUGAAGUAGGCAAGAAUAUACUUUGUUUUCCUCCAUCAGACCGGCCUAAUUCUCACUUGAAACUAGGCUUGGGCGAUAUACCGUAUACCAGGGUAUUUCGAAAUACCUGGGUAUUUUUGGGGUAGGGGACACCGCUGCAGGGGUAGAACUAUAUGAAAUCUAGCAUGUGUACAUUUAAAUCCAGCUCAGGGCUCCAGCUAUGCAUUUGGUUUGCUAACUUGCUAGCCAAGUGGCUAGAUGUCAAGAUUAUUGGUUACAGCAGAGACAUUCAAUCCUCUCCUGGAUCAAGAUCCCUGUUUUGUGCGUCGUCGUCCCACCCCACUCUCCGUCCCCCAUUACAAAAUGUCAUUAGAUGUAUUUUUAAAAAAUUAAGCGCCCCUUACAUUCGAUAAUACCGUAUACCCCGGUAUGGUACAGAAAUGGUAUGACUAUAUGAAAAUCUGAAUACCGCCCAUCCCUACUUUAAACAUAGUUGUUGUGUUUUAAUAGACUAAAUUACACAUUUUGUUAACAUCUGACUCGAGUGAACUGUUCUUGCAAUUUGCAGUCUGACAUAUCCGAUUUUAGUUAUGAUAAUUUUAGUGAACUACUUUUCCAAAGUAACUUAAUUAAGUAAAAUGUGUUUUAAGGGUAGCUUAACUUCUUCCAGUGUGAAGUAAAUGGUAGCUUGGUAAACUAUAUUUUCAGAGUAGCUUCCCCAACACUGCCACUCGGCUACCUGCAGUUGUUCAGCUGUGUGAGGUGCAGUCUAAAGGAGCAGCCCCCCACUUGAGCACAGUGUCCCAUCAGUGCAACAUGCCCUUAUCAGCUCUCAAGGCCUGUUUGUUUCUGCAAGGAACACUGAAAAAUAAAAGUAUGUCUCUGUAGUUUUGCCGAUUGGUUAUCUGCACUGUUUGUGUGUAUCAAUCGUUAAAGACAAGACGGUCUGCCUCUGCCUAGCCAGACAUGGUCAGUGUCACCAGGCAUGUUUUAACUCUUUGUUCUGUCCGUGAUGAUUUAGGUGCGGCUUCACAUGAUGUGUGCCACACAACCCAACAUCGUGCAGAUUAUGGAGGUGUACGCCAACAGUGUGCAGUUUCCUCACGAAUCCACUCCAAGGUGAGGAGGAGCAAGUACCAGCACAUACAACACGUCAUUGACGGGAUCACUUAGAAACCUGUGAAUGCCACUGUCAUAUUGCUACAUACAGUAUUAACACACAUUAAUGCUUAUGCACCUAGUGUACUUUUUUUAGGUACUAAAAAAGUGAUGGGAUAUCAGUUCUUGCCCGCAACAGUCAACCCUUAUUAAUCCACAUCCUUGUUCGAGGCAUAGACCAAAUGGCACAGUUCUAAGCGAUCUUGUACUGUAUGUAUACCAUUUCAAGCCAACCCCAUGGCUAUUAUAUACAGUGGGGAGAACAAGUAUUUGAUACACUGCAGAUUGUGCUGGUUUUCCUACUUACAAAGCAUGUAGAGGUCUGUAAUUUUUAUCAUAGGUACACUUCAACUGUGAGAGACGGAAUCUAAAACAGAAAUCCAGAAAAUCACAUUGUAUGAUUUUUAAGUAAUUAAUUUGCAUUUUAUUGCAUGACAUAAGUAUUUGAUACAUCAGAAAAGCAGAACUUAAUAUUUGGUACAGAAACCUUUGUUUGCAAUUACAGAGAUCAUACGUUUCCUGUAGGUCUUGACCAGGUUUGCACACACUGCAGCAGGGAUUUUGGCCCACUCCUCCAUACAGACCUUCUCCAGAUCCUUCAGGUUUCGGGGCUGUCGCUGGGCAAUACGGACUUUCAGCUCCCUCCAAAGAUUUUUUUAUUGGGUUCAGGUCUGGAGACUGGCUAGGCCACUCCAGGACCUUGAGAUGCCUCUUACGGAGCCACUCCUUAGUUGCCCUGGCUGUGUGUUUCGGGUCAUUGUCAUGCUGGAAGACCCAGCCACGACCCAUCUUCAAUGCUCUUACUGAGGGAAGGAGGUUGUUGGCCAAGAUCUCGCGAUACAUGGCCCCAUCCAUCCUCCCCUCAAUACGGUGCAGUCGUCCUGUCCCCUUUGCAGAAAAGCAUCCCCAAAGAAUGAUGUUUCCACCUCCAUGCUUCACGGUUGGGAUGGUGUUCUUGGGGUUGUACUCAUCCUUCUUCUUCCUCCAAACAUGGCGAGUGGAGUUUAGACCAAAAAGCUCUAUUUUUCUCAUCAGACCACAUGACCUUCUCCCAUUCCUCCUCUGGAUCAUCCAGAUGGUCAUUGUUAAACUUCAGACGGGCCUGGACAUGCGCUGGCUUGAGCAGGGGGACCUUGCGUGCGCUGCAGGAUUUUAAUCCAUGAUGGUGUAGUGUGUUACUAAUGGUUUUCUUUGAGACUGUGGUCCCAGCUCUCUUCAGGUCAUUGACCAGGUCCUGCCAUGUAGUUCUGGGCUGAUCCCUCACCUUCCUCAUGAUCAUUGAUGCCCCACGAGGUGAGAUCUUGCAUGGAGCCCCAGACCGAGGGUGAUUGACUGUCAUCUUGAACUUCUUCCAUUUUCUAAUAAUUGCGCCAACAGUUGUUGCCUUCUCACCAAGCUGCUUGCCUAUUGUCCUGUAGCCCAUCCCAGCCUUGUGCAGGUCUACAAUUGUAUCCCUGAUGUCCUUACACAGCUCUCUGGUCUUGGCCAUUGUAGAGAGGUUGGAGUCUGUUUGAUUGAGUGUGUGGACAGGUGUCUUUUAUACAGGUAAAGAGUUCAAACGGGUGCAGUUAAUACAGGUAAUGAGUGGUGAACAGGAGGGCUUCUUAAAGAAAAACUAACAGGUCUGUGAGAGCCGGAAUUCUUACUGGUUGGUAGGUGAUCAAAUACUUAUGUCAUGCAAUAAAAUGCAAAUUAAUUACAUAAAUCAUACAAUGUGAUUUUCUGGAUUUUUGUUUUAGAUUCCGUCUCUCACAGUUGAAGUGUACCUAUGAUAAAAAUUACAGACCUCUACAUACUUUGUAAGUAGGAAAACCUGCAAAAUCGGCAGUGUAUCAAAUACUUGUUCUCCCCACUGUCUAUAUAUUCAUCCCCCUUGGCGUUUUUCCUAUUUUGUUGCAUUACAACCUGUAAUUUAAAUAGAUUUUUAUUUGGAUUUCAUGUAAUGGACAUACACAAAAUAGUCCAAAUUUAGUGAAGUGAAAUGAAAAAAAUAACUUGUUUCAAAAAAGUUCUAAAAAAUAAAUAACGGAGAAGUGGUGCGUGCAUAUGUAUUCACCCCCUUUGCUAUGAAGCCCCUAAAUAAGAUCUGGUGCAACCAAUUACCUUCAGAAGUCACAUAAUUAGUUAAAUAAAGUGGUGGUGGUGGCAGCAUCAUGCUGUAGGGAUGUUUUUCAUCGGCAGGGACUGGGUAACUGGUCAGAAUUGAAGGAAUGAUGGAUGGUGCUAAAUACAGGGAAAUUGUGAUCGAUAUGUAGUUGUCCCAGCUGCUUGUUGCUCACAGCUGCUUGUUUGAAUAAGUGUACUUACUGUGAUCAAGAUGUGCUUGUCCCACUGGCUAUCCUAAGUUGAAUGCACCAAUUUGUAAGUCGCUCUGGAUAAGAGCGUCUGCUAAAUGACUUAAAUGUUAAAUGUAAAUUCUUGAGGGAAACCUGUUUCAGUCUUCCAGAGAUUUGAGACUGGGACGGAGAUUCACCUUCCAGCAGGACAAUGACACUAAGCAUACUGCUAAAGCAACACUUGAGUGGUUUAAGGGGAAAUGUUUAAAUGUCUUGGAAUAGCCAAGUCAAAGCCCAGACCUCAAUCCAAUUGAGAAUCUGUGGUAUGACUGAAAGAUUGCUAUACACCAGCGGAACCCAUCCAACUUGAAGGAGCUGGAGCAGUUUUGCCUUGAAGAAUGGGCAAAAAUCCCAGUGGCUAGAUGUGCCAAGCUUAUAGACACCCCAAGAGACUUGCAGCUGUAAUUGCUGCAAAAGGUGGCUCUACAAAGUAUUGACUUUGGGGGGGGUGAAUAGUUAUGCACGCUCAAGUUCCGUUUUUUGUCUUUAUUUCUUGUUUGUUUCACAAUAAAAAAAUAUUUUGCAUCUUCAAAGUGGUAGGCAUGUUGUGUAAAUCAAAUGAUACAAACCCCCCAAAAAUCAAUUUUAAUUCCAGGUUGUAAGGCAACAAAAUAGGAAAAAUGCCAAGGGGGGUGAAUACUUUUGCAAGCCACUGUAUGUACACUACUAGUCAAAAGUUUUGGACACACCUACUCAUUCAAGGGUUUUUCUUUAUUAUUACUUUUUUUUUACAUUGUAGAAUAACAGUGAAGACAUCAAAACUAUGAAAUAACACAUGGAAUCAUGUAGUAACCAAAAAAGUGUUAAACAAAUCAAACUAUUUUAUAUUUCAGAUUCUUCAAAUAGCCACCAUUUGCCUUGACAGCUUUGCAUAGUCUUGGCAUUCUCUCAACUAGCUUCAUUCGGUAGUCACCUGGAAUGCAUUUCAAUUAACAGGUGUGCCUUCUUAAAAGUUAAUUUGUUAAAUUUCUUUACUUCUUAAUGCAUUUGAGCCAAUCAGUUGUGUUGUGACAAGUAAUGGUGGUAUACAGAAGAUAGCCCUAUUUGGUAAAAGACCAAGUCCAUAAUAUGGCAAGAACAGCUCAAAUAAAUAAUCAAAGAGAAACAACAGUCCAUCAUUACUUUAAGACUUGAAGGUCAGUCAAUACGGAACAUUAAGAACUUUUAAAGUUUCUUCAAGUGCAGUCGCAAAAACCAUCAAGCGCUAUGAUGAAACUGGCUCUCAUGAGAACCACCACAGGAAUGGAAGAUCGAGAGUUACCUCUGCCGCAGAGGAUAAGUUCAUUAGAGUUACCAGCCUCAGAAAUUACAGUCCAAAUAAAUGCUUCAGAGUUCAAGUAACAGACACAUCUCAACAUCAACUGUUCCGAGGGGACUGUGUGAAUCAGGCCUUCAUGGUCGAAUUGCUGCAAAGAAACCACUACUAAAGGACCCCAAUAAGAAGAGACCUGCUUGGGCCAAGAAACACUAGCAAUGGACAAAUUUGAGAUUUUUGGUUCCAACCGCCGUGUCUUUGUGAGACGCGGUGUGGGUGAACGGAUGAUCUCUGCAUGUGUAGUUCCCACCGUAAAGCAUGGAGGAGGAGGUGUUAUGGUUUGGGGGUGCUUUGCUGGUGACACUGUUUGUGAUUUAUUUAGAAUUCAAGGCACACUUAACCAGCAUGGCUACCACUGCAUUCUGCAGCGAUACGCCAUCCCAUCUGGUUUGGGCUUAGUGGGACUAUUAUUUGUUUUUCAACAGGACAAUGACCCAACACACCUCCAGGCUGUGUAAGGGCUAUUUGACCAAAAAGGAGAGUGAUGGAGUGCUGCAUCAGAUGACCUGGCCUCCACAAUCCCCCGACCUCAACCCAAUUGAGAUGGUUUGGGAUGAGUUGGACAGCAGAGUGAAGGAAAAGCAGCCAACAAGUGCUCAGCAUAUGUGGGAACUCCUUCAAGACUGUUGGAAAAGUAUUCCAGGUGAAGCUGGUUGAGAGAAUGCCAAGAGUGUGCAAAGCUGUCAUCAAGGCAAAGGGUGGCUAUUUGAACAAUCUCAAAUAUAAAAUAUAUUUUGAUUUGUGUAACACUUUUUUUGUCACUACAUGAUUCCAUAUGUGUUAUUUCAUAGUUCUGAUGUCUUCACUAUUAUUCUACAAUGUAGAAAAUAUUAAAAAUAAAGAAAAACCCUGGAAUGAGUAGGUGUCAACUUUUGACUGGUAGUGUGUGUGUGUGUCUGUAGGUACAGAGUCAGAGUACCACUGUAUGAGCAUAAUACCCAUAAAACUAGUAUUUUUUAAAAAUCUGAGAGUAAAUAUAGCCAACUAUAUUGAUGUCACCUUGUCUGAGAGAGAUUUACAUGGUUAUCAAAAUGUCAUGCCAGGGUAAGCCUAUACGAAACACAGCCCUUAUUUUGAGUGUUUCUAAAAUCCCCUAUGGGAAAAAUGAAUUGCGGAAAAAAGAUUAGAACCAUUUCCCUGUUUGACCGCUUGGUUUUAUGGGUAUUAUGACACCUCCACUGUGGGGCUCUAUUCCUGUUAGGCUGAGAGAUGAUGUGGAAGUAAUAUGGCUACAGGUUCAUCUGCCUCACCUAAAGCCUAUUCUCAAAGGAAGUUGCUAUAGACCACUGAGUGCUAAAAGUCAGUAUUUGGACUGAUUGUGAAAUGCUUGAUUUAAUGAAUGUGAUAUCAACAGAGGUAUGUUUUCUGGGUGACCUAAGUAUUGACUGGUUGUCAUCAAGCUCUCCACUCAAAAAAAAGCUUCAAGCUGUAACCUGAACCAGAUUGCAGGCAUCGGUUAUCAGUCAACCUACCAGGGUAUUUACAAACCAAAAAUAAACUAAAUCAUCCACGUGUAAUGACCACGUCUUUACUAAUGCUGCAGAAAUCUGCUCUAAAGCAGUAUCCACACCCAUCGGAUGUAAUGAUCAGAAUAUAAUAGCCAUAUCAUGAAAAACCAAAGUUCCAAAGACUGGACCUAAAAUUGGGUACAACCUGAUGCCGCACUUGAAGCAUUUAUGAAAUUGCUUCUUCCGGUUGCUGAUAGGCAUGCGCCCAUCAAGAAACUUGUUAGAAGUGCCAAAUCCCCAUGAUAGAUAAUUAAUUGAAAAACUGUAUGGCUGAGGGGAUGAGGCAAAGGGUAUAGCAAAUGUCUGACAACACAGCAAAUUGGCAAACAUACAGUAAAUUGAGAACACGUAACUAAACAAAAAUAAACUAAAUUAUGGAACACAAUGAUAUAAAGAGUGAUAGUAAAACAUCUCUGGAGUACCUUAAAUGAAAUUCUAUGCAAACUUGGCUUGUUCAUGACAAAACCCUUUAUUGCCAACCACUUUAAUACAUUUUAUUGUUGACAAAAUUUGCAAAAAUAGGCAUGACAUACCAAUCACAAACGCUGAGCCUUCAUAUUCAUGCAUAUUGGACCAAAUAAUGGAAGACGAGCACUAGUCCAGCUAUCAUCCAGAAGGUGAGGUCAGCACAGGUGCAUCAAAGCUGGGACCGAGAGACUGAAAAACAGCUAUCUCAAGGCCUUCAGACUGUUUAAACAGCCAUCACUAGCACAGGCUGCUGCCUACAUAUGGACUUUAAUAAGGCCACUUUUUAAUAAUGUUUACAUAUCUUGCAUUACCCAUCUCAUAUGUAUAUACUGUAUUCUAUACUAUUUACAUUUACAUUUUAGUCAUUUAGCUCUUAUCCAGAGCGACAUACAGUUAGUAUGAAAAAUGUAUGCACUCACUAUCUAUUGCAUCUUAGCCUGUGCUACUCUGAUAAUGACAUUGCUCAUCCAUAUAUUUAUAUGUUCUUAUUCCAUUCCUUUACAUAGGUGUGUGUAUUAGGGUUGUGUUGUGGAACUGUUAGAUAUUACUUGCUAGAUUUUGCUGCACUGUUGGAACUAGAAGCACAAGCAUUUCGCUACACUCGCAAUAACAUCUGCUAACCAUGUGUAUGUGACCAAUACAUUUUAUUUGAUAGUUUUGAGUUCUGUAAAGUUGGUGUGGAAUAGGUGAUAUAUAUUUUAUUAUUAUUAUAUAUAUAUAUUUUUUGUUGCUAUCUAUAAAUAAGGACAAGCCACCUGGUACCGAUAACCUGGAUGGUAAAUUGCUGAGGUUGGUAGCGGAAUACUUUGCGACUCCUGUUUGCCACAUCUUCAAUUUAAGCCUAGAAGACAGUGUGUGCCCUGGAGGGAGGCAAAACUAAUUCCACUGCCCAAGAAUAGUAAAGCACCCUUUUUAAUGGUUCAAACAUCCAAAGAAUCUGCCUGUUACCGGUGCUUAGCAAACUUUUGGAAAAAAUGGUGUUUGACCAAAUGCAACGUUAUUUUACAGAAAACAAAUUCGCAACGAACUUUCAGCAUGUUUAAAGGAAAGGUCACUCUUCUGCGGCAAAGAAGGACAUAGGUAAAUUGCUGACACAAAUGACUGAUUGGCUGAAAGAAAUUGAUAAGAAUGUGGGCGCUGUUUUGUUAUACUUCAAUGCAGCUUUUGAUAUCAUUGAUCAUAACCUACUGCUGACAAAACGUAGGUGUUAUGGAUUUACACCUUCUGCCUUAUCAGGGAUUGAGAGUUGACUAUCUAAUAGAACUCAAGGGGUUUUCUUUAAUGGAAGCCUCUAAUGCAAAUUCAGUUGAGUGUGGUGUACCGCAGGGAAGACGUCUUGGGCCAUUCUUGUUUUUACUAAUGACCUUCCACUGACAUUGAAUAAAGUCUGUGUCUAUGUACGCUGACGACUCAACAGUAUACAUGUCGGCUACGACAGUAAAAUAAAUAACUGACUCCUUUAACACAGAGCGCCAGUCAAUUUUAGAAUGGGUAACUAGCAAUCGCCUGGCACUAAAUAUCUCAAACUAAAAGCAUUGUUUUUGGGACAAAUCACUCACUCAACCCUAAACCUCAUCUAGACCUAUUGUUGAAUGAUGUGGCGAUUUGAGCAAGUUGAGGAGACUAAACUGCUUGGUGCAACCCCUGAUGGCAAGCUGUCAUGUUCAAAACAUAUAGAUAGACUCAAUGGUUGCUAAAGUGGGAAGAGGUCUGUCCAUGAUAAGGCGUUGCUUUGCUUUCUUGACAUCCCAAUCAACCAGACAGGACCUACAGACCCUAGUUUUGUCUCACCUGGACUACUGCCCAGUUGUGUGGUCAUGUGCGGCAACGAAGGACCGACAUAUUGCACUUGGAUGUACACGGAGGGCCAAUGUCAAUGACAUGCAUGUCAAUCUCUCCUGGCUCAAAGUUGAGGAGAGAUUGACUGCAUCGCAAUUGGUCUUCGUGCGAGGUGUUGUGUUGAAGGUACCGAACUGUCUGUUCAAGCAGUUGGCACACAGUUCGGACACUAAUCGAUACCACACAAGACAUGCAACCAGAGGUCUCUUCACAGUCCCCAGGUCCAGAACAGAGGUUGGAAAACGCACAGUAUUAAAUAGAGCCCUGACUACAUGAAACUCUCUGCCACCCCAGGUAACUCAAGCUAGCAAUAAAAACGGAUUCAAAAACCAGAUUAAGGAACACCUUACGGCACGACGGAGACUGUGAAGAGACAGACAUUUAUGUAUUGUAUUUUGCAUUAAGUAUUGUAUUUUUUUAAAUGUAUUACAUGUAUUUCUAUAAUUUUGUAUGCAUGUAUGUUUUAGUUAAAAAAAUUACCCCUUUAUCUCCCCAAUUACGUGGUAUCCAAUUGUCCCAUCGCUGCAACUCCCGUACGGACACGGGAGAGGCGCCUCCCCAUGGGUCUCCCGGUCGCGGCCGGCUGCGACAGAGCCUGGACUCGAACCAGGAUCUCUAGUGGCACAGAAGUAUUGUUUUACGUAGUGUUAUGUUUUUUAUGUAUUUGUGUUUUGUUUCCUGUGGGGCCCCAGGAAGAGGAGCCGCUGCCUUGGCAGCAGCUAAUUGGGGAUCCUAAUAAAAUACUACUAACUAAUGUAACAAACAAACUAAAGCUUUACCCCGGAUUUGAGUAGAUGAAAACUGUUUACCUCAAUCAUUCCUUUCUUGUCUACAUCUCUUUUGGUCUUUCCCUCUGUGUCAGAGCGAGGUUACUGAUCGUCAUGGAGAUGAUGGAGGGAGGCGAGCUGUUCCACAGGAUCAGUCAGCACAAACACUUCACAGAGAAGAUGGCCAGCCAGGUCACUAAACAGGUACACCUUCUGCCUGCCUAGUGAAAACACAAGUGCUGUGUCCCAAAUGGCACCAUAUUCCCUACAGUACAUACUGAACUAGUUUCAAACAGGGCAAAUUCCUCCAGAUUGCUGCUCCUCCUCCCAGGUUUCCUAAUGAACACAUACUUUAAUAACAUUACUUUCUGAUGUAGUUGAGCCUCUCUGUCUGUGUUUUCUUUUAUCAUCCGUCAGAUCGGCCGGGCGCUGGAACACUGUCACUCACUGAAUAUUGCACACCGAGACCUGAAACCAGAGAACCUGCUCUUCAAGGAUAACUCCCUGGUGAGGAAAUGGAUGGGCUGACUGAAGCACACACACGGACCUGCACACACACACACACACACACACACACACACUCUCACACACUGCUCUUACUACAGGUGUCUAGUAAUAGGCUGAAAUGAGCAUGUUGCAAGAGGAGAAUCCCUUAACCUGCUACGAAAAUUCCUAUUUGAGAUUGAUCAUGUGCUCAUCCCUCUUUCUGGUCUGUUAUCUCGUUCAUGUUCAAGGAUGCACCGGUGAAGUUGUGCGAUUUUGGAUUUGCCAAAAUCGACCAGGGGGACUUGAUGACCCCACAGUUCACACCUUACUACGUUGCACCUCAGGUAAGGAUGGGUGCUCUCCUCAGAUCUGAAAGCAGGUUGGGGAGUGUUCUAUAGACAUUUUUGAUGAAAUAGUUCAAUCAGUGUUCUUCUCCUCUCACUCUAGGUACUUGAGGCUCAAAGGCGACACCAGAAGGAAAAGUCUGGAAUAAUACCUACCUCACCCACCCCCUACACUUAUAACAAGGUGAGCCACUACCCUACCCCCCCCCCCCCCCCACACACACACACACACACACACACACACACACAUUUUUGCAAAUUAAUUUUUAAAGAGACCUGAAAAUAUCACAUUUGCAUAAGUAUUCAGACCCUUUACUCAGUACUUUGUUGACACACCUUUGGCAGCGAUUACAGCCUCGAGUCUUCUUGGGUAUGACGCUACAAGCUUGGCACACCUGUAUUUGGGGAGUUUCUCCCAUUCUUCUCUGCAGAUCCCCUCAAGCUCUGUCAGGCUGCACAGCUAUUUUCAGGUGUCUCCAGAGAUGUUUGACCGGGUUCAAGUCCGGGCUCUGGCUGGGUCACUCAAGGACAUUCAGAGACUUGUCCCGAAGCCACUCCUGCAUUUUCUUGGCUGUGUGCUAAGGGUCGUUGUCCUGUUGGAAGGUGAACCUUCGCCCCAGUCUGAGGUCCUGAGCAGGUUUUCAUCAAGGAUCUCUCUGUACCUUGUACCGUUCAUCAUUCCCUCGCUCUUGACUAGUCUCCCAGUCCCUGCCACUAAAAAACAUCCCCACAGCAUGAUGCUGCCACCACCAUGCUUCACCGUAGGGAUGUUGCCAGGUUUCCUCCAGACGUCACGCUUGGCAUUCAGGCCAAAGAGUUCAGUCUUGGUUUCAUCAGACCAGAGAAUCUUGUUUUAUCAUGGUCUGAGAGUCCUUUAGGUGCCUUGGGUUAAACUCCAAGCGGGCUGUCAUGUGCCUUUUACUGAGGAGUGGCUUCCAUCUGGCCACUCUACCAUAAAGGCCUGAUUGGUGGAGUGCUGCAGAGAUGGUUGUCCUUCUGGAAGGUUCUCCCAUCUCCACAGAGGAACUCUGGAGCUCUGUCAGAGUGGCCAUUGGGUUCUUAGUCACCUCCCAGACCAAGGCCCUUCUUCCCUGAUUGCUCAGAUUGGCCGGGUGGCCAGCUCUAGGAAUGGUCUUGAUGGUUCCAAACGUCUUCCAUUUAAGAAUGAUGGAGGCCACUGUGUUCUUGGGGACGUUCAAUGCUGCAGAAAUGUUUUGGUACCCUUCCCCAGAUCUGUGCCUCGACACAAUCCUGUCUCGGAGCUCUACGGAUAAUUCCUUCGACCUCAUGGCUUGGUUUUUGCUCUGACAUGCACUGUCAACUGUGGGACCUUAUAUAGACAGGUGUAUGCGCCUUUCCAAAUCAUGUCCAAUCAAUUGAAUUUACCACAGGUGGACUCCAAGUUGUAGAAACAUCUCAAGGAUGAUCGAUGGAAACAGGAUGCAUCUGAGCUCAAUUACAAGUCGCAUAGCAACGAGUCUGAAUACUUAUGUAAAUAAGAUAUUUCCUUUUUUUUAUAUAUAUAUAUAUUUGCAAAGAUUUCUAAAAACCUGUUUUGGCUUUGACAUUAUGGGGUAUUGUGUGUAGAUUAUAACAAGGAGACCCACUACUACCCCCCCAUUCCAUGGAUUGCCAAAAAUAUCUUGCCAGCAUCUUUCCACAUUAUGCAACAUAUUUCCACUAAGGACAUCUGUGUUUGUAGGGUUGUGUCGCACUAACUCCUAUCCUUUCUCUCCCUCUCCCUCCCUAUGACCUGGCUCGUUCACUGUCCCUUGCUGUGUGUGCAGAGCUGUGACCUGUGGUCCAUUGGGGUGAUCAUCUACGUGAUGCUGUGUGGCUACCCUCCCUUCUACUCCAAGCACCACAGCCGCACCAUCCCCAAGGACAUGCGCAAGAAGAUCAUGACUGCCAGCUUCGACUUCCCCGAAGACGAAUGGAGCCAGAUCUCUGAGAUGGCCAAGGACAUUGUCCGCAAGUACGUCCCUACAGCAGGCCUUACUGUGUGUGUUCUAACACGAUGGCAUGGUUCACGAGUGAUGUUUGUCAGGCAAAAUCAAUUUGGACUGCCAAACCGGUGCUUUAGUCAUGCUGUAUUCUUUUGGAUUGAGUGAGGAUUGUUAGAAGAAUCUGUUUCACUAACAUUACUCCCUCCCGCUGUAGGCUGCUGAAGGUGAAGCCUGAGGAGAGGCUGACCAUCGAGGGGGUUCUGGAGCACCCCUGGCUGAACUGCACAGAGGCGCUGGACAACGUGCUGCCCUCCGCCCAGAUGAUGAUGGACAAGGUGGGCCUGGAUGGAUAGACUGGGAUGGAUAGCAUUUAUGUAAUACUUUCUUUUCCGUCAGUCUCAAAGCGCUUUAGAUAGACCCAGUCAUACUUACUACAGGACUGCAGACAAAACCUUUGCUGCCUUAAAGGGAUACUUCAGGAUUUUAGCAAUGAGGCCCUUUAUCUACUUCCCCAGAGUCAGAUGAACUCGUGGAUACCAUUUUUGUCUCUGCGUGCAGUUUGAAGGAAGUUGCUAACUAGCGCAAUUGCUAACUAGCGCUAGCAGAUACCAUAGACUUCGAGUCAUUGCGCUAACACUAGUUAGCAUUGACUCGCGAAACUACCUCUAACUUUGUUCAUACUGGACGCAGACAUUAAAAUGGUGUCCACAAGUUCAUCUGACUCUGGGGAAGUAGUAGGAUCAUUGCCAAAAUCCUGAGGUAACCCUUUAAUAGCAAUGUUCAGGGUGUAACAUUUUGCCAUGUGACCCUUCCUCCUUCCCUCUCUCCCUCCCUCUGCCAGGCGGUGGUAGCAGGGAUCCAGCAGGCCCAUGCUGAACAGUUGGCUAACAUGAGGAUACAGGACCUUACCGUCAGCCUCAAGCCACUCAACUCCGUCAAUAACCCCAUCCUGAGGAAAAGGAAGCUCCUAGGGUCUGUCUGUCUUGUUAAAUGUCUCGGUCUCUCUAUUUUGUAGUUGGUUAGAAUCUGCUUUACAUUGUCUGGCUGUCUAUAGCGGAGAGGGACUUUCUGCUGAGAACAGCACUGCUAAACCGAAUGUGUGUUGGUGUCUGGUAUAUGUUUCUCCUGUGUGUUGGUGUCUGGUAUAUGUUUCUCCUGUGUGUUGGUGUCUGGUCUAUGUAUCUCCUUUGUGUGUUGGUGUCUGUGUCCUGUGUGUGUUGGUGUCUGGUUAUUGUUUUUCCUGUGUUGGUGUCUGGUAUAUGUAUCUUCUGUGUGUGUUGGGGUGUGAUAUAUGUACAGUGAGGGGGAAAAAAGUAUUUGAUCCCCUGCUGAUUUUGUACGUUUGCCCACAGACAAAGAAAUGAUCAGUCUAUGAUUUUAAUGGUAUGUUUAUUUGAACAGUGAGCGACAGAAUAACAACAAAAAAAUCCAGAAAAACGCAUGUCAAAAAUGUUAUAAAUUGAUUUGCAUUUUAAUGAGGGAAAUAAGUAUUUGACCCCUCUGCAAAACAUGACUUAGUACUUGGUGGCAAAACCCUUGUUGGCAAUCAGAGGUCAGAUGUUUCUUGUAGUUGGCCACCAGGUUUGCACACAUCUCAGGAUGGAUUUUGUCCCACUCCUCUUUGCAGAUCUUCUCCGAGUCAUUAAGGUUUCGAGGCUGACGUUUGGCAACUCGAACCUUCAGCUUCCUCCCCAGAUUUUCUAUGGGAUUAAGGUCUGGAGACUGGCUAGGCCACUCCAGGACCUUAAUGUGCUUCUUCUUGAGCCACUCCUUUGUUGCCUUGGCUGUGUGUUUUGGGUCAUUGUCAUGCUGGAAUACCCAUCCACGACCCAUUUUCAAUGCCCUGGCUGAGGGAAGGAGGUUCUCACCCAAGAUUUGAUGGUACAUGGCCCCGUCCAUCGUCCCUUUGAUGCGGUGAAGUUGUCCUGUCCCCUUAGCAGAAAAACACCCCCAAAGCAUAAUGUUUCCACCUCCAUGUUUGACGGUGGGGAUGGUGUUCUUGGGGUCAUAGGCAGCAUUCCUCCUCCUCCAAACACGGCGAGUUGAGUCAAAGUGCUCCAUUUUGGUCUCAUCUGACCACAAGACUUUCACCCAGUUCUCCUCUGAAUCAUUCAGAUGUUCAUUGGCAAACUUCAGACGGGCAUGUAUAUGUGCUUUCUUGAGCAGGGGGACCUUGCGGGCGCUGCAGGAUUUCAGUCCUUCACGGCGUAGUGUGUUACCAAUUGUUUUCUUGGUGACUAUGGUCCUAGCUGCCUUGAGAUCAUUGACAAGAUCCUCCCGUGUAGUUCUGGGCUGAUUCCUCACCGUUCUCAUGAUCAUUGCAACUCCACGAGGUGAGAUCUUGCAUGGAGCCCCAGGCCGAGGGAGAUUUACAGUUCUUUUGUGUUUCUUCCAUUUGCGAAUAAUCGCACCAACUGUUGUCACCUUCUCACCAAGCUGCUUGGCGAUGGUCUUGUAGCCCAUUACAGCCUUGUGUAGGUCUACAAUCUUGUCCUUGAUAUCCUUGGAGAGCUCUUGGCCAUGGUCUUGGCCAUGGUGGAGAGUUUGGAAUCUGAUUGAUUGAUUGCUUCUGUGGACAGGUGUCUUUUAUACAGGUAACAAGCUGAGCUUAGGAGCACUCCCAUUAAGAGUGUGCUCCUAAUCUCAGUUUGUUACCUGUAUAAAAGACACCUGGGAGCCAGAAAUCUUUCUGAUUGAGAGGGGGUCAAAUACUUAUUUCCCUCAUUAAAAUGCAAAUCAAUUUAUAAAAUUUUUGACAUGCAUUUUUCUGGAUUUUGUUGUUGUUAUUCUGUCUCUAACUGUUCAAAUAAACCUACCAUUAAAAUUAUAGACUGAUCAUUUCUUUGUCAGUGGGCAAACGUACAAAAUCAGCAGGGGAUCAAAUAUUUUUUCCCCUCGCUGUAUAUGUAUCUCCUGUGUGUGUGGGUUGGUGUCUGGUAUAUGUAUCUCCUGUGUGUGUGGGUUGGUGUCUGGUAUAUGUAUCUCCUGUGUGUGUGGGUUGGUGUCUGGUAAAUGUAUCACCUGUGGGUUGGUGUCUGUUAUACAGUUGAAGUCGGAAGUUUACAUACACCAUAGCCAAAUACAUUUAAACUCAGUUUUUCACAAUUCCUGACAUUUAAUCCUAGUAAAAAUUCCCUGUCUUAGGUCAGUUAGGAUCACCACUUUAUUUUAAGAAUGUGAAAUGUCAGAAUAAUAGUAGAGAGAAUGAUUUAUUCCCAGUGGGUCAGAAGUUUACAUACACUCAAUUAGUAUUUGGUAGCAUUGCCUUUACAUUGUUUAACUUGGGUCAAACAUUUCGGGUAGCCUUCCACAAGCUUCCCACAAUAAGUUGGGUGAAUUUUGGCCCAUUCCUCCUGACAGAGCUGGUGUAACUGAGUCAGGUUUGUAGGCCUCCUUGCUCGCACACGCUUUUUCAGUUCUGCCCACACAUUUUCUAUAGGAUUGAGGUCAGGGCUUUGUGAUGGCCACUCCAAUACCUUGACUUUGUUGUCCUUAAGCCAUUUUGCCACAACUUUGGAAGUAUGCUUGGGGUCAUUGUCCAUUUGGAAGACCCAUUUGCGACCAAGCUUUAACUUCCUGACUGAUGUCUUGAGAUGUUGCUUCAAUAUAUCCACAUAAUUUUCCUUCCUCAUGAUGCCAUCUAUUUUGUGAAGCGCACCAGUCCCUCCUGCAGCAAAGCACCCCCACAGCAUGAUGCUGCCACCCCGUGCUUCACGGUUGGGAUGGUGUUCUUCGGCUUGCAAGCGACCCCCUUUUUCCUCCAAACAUAACAAUGGUCAUUAUGGCUAAACAGUUCUAUUUUUGUUUCAUCAGACCAGAGGACAUUUCUCCAAAAAGUACGAUCUUUGUCCCCAAGUGCAGUUGCAAACCCGUACUCUGGGUUUUUUAUGGCGGCCUUUCAGGUUAUGUCGAUAUAGGACUUGUUUUACUGUGGAUAUAGGAACUUUUGUACCUGUUUCCUCCAGCAUCUUCACAAGGUGCUUUGCAGUUGUUCUGGGAUUGAUUUGCACUUUUCGCACCAAAGUACGUUAAUCUCUAGGAGACAGAACACGUCUCCUUCCUGAGCGGUAUGACGGCUGCGGGGUCCCAUGGUGUUUAUACUUGAGUACUAUUGUUUGUACAGAUGAACGUGGUACCUUCAGGCGUUUGGAAAUUGCUCCCAAGGAUGAACCAUACUUGUGGAGGUCUACAAUGUUUUUGUUCUUGGCUGAUUUCUUUUGAUUUUCCCAUGAUGUCAAGCAAAGAGGCACUGAGUUUGAAUGUAGGCCUUGAAAUACAUCCACAGGUACACCUCCAAUUGACUCAAAUGAUGUCAAUUAGCCUAUCAGAAGCUUCUAAAGCCAUGACAUCAUUUUCUGGAAUUUUCCAAGCUGUUUAAAGGCACAGUCAACACAUGUAAACGUCUGACCCACUGGAAUUGUGAUACAGUGAAUUAUAAGUGAAAUAAUCUCUGUAAACAAUUGUUUGAAAAAUUACUUGUCAUGCACAAAGUAGAUGUUAACAAACUAUAGUUUUGGCAAGUCGGUUAGGACAAGAAAUUUGUGGAGUGGUUGAAAAACAAGUUUUAAUGACUCCAACCUAAGUGUAUGUAAACUUCCGACUUCAACUGUAUGUAUCUCCUGUGUGUGUGCUACAGCAGCAAGCAGAGUGACGGCUUCUUCAUCCACGACCCAGAGAACGGCGGCGAGGACUCCAACGUGGCCCUGGAGAAACUACGAGACGUCAUCGCUCAGUGUAUCCUCCCACAGGCUGGUCAGUCCACACACAAACACACACACUUCACAUCAACCAAUACAGAUGUACAACUCCCAUUUAACAUGCAUACAUGCAGGCACACAGUGGGCAUGGUGUAACUGUGUGUGUUUGGUUGUGUGUGUCAGGAGAGAAUGAGGAUGAGAAGCUGAAUGAGGUGAUGCAUGAGGCGUGGCGUUUCAACCGGGACUGCAAACUACUGCGAGACGGGCUGCAGGGCCUCAGCUGGGACGGUAGGCAUAACAUACUGCAUAAAUACAGCAUUCAAUGCAGAGCAAUGGCACCUAGCACAUACAUCAACACUAAUUACUGUGGGGAAAAUCCCCUAGUUAAAGGGAAAUUCAAAUUCAUCAGUUAGUAACCUUUGCUUGCUCAUAGUUGGUUAAAAUCUGUCUCCGGAUUAUGUCAUCGGAAACAUUAUUAUUUUUAUAACUACAACACAUAGAAACCCUCCGUUUUUCACAUGUUGUGGUGGUGUUGGAGAUGAUGAAUUUGAUUGACAAAGGGUGGCAUUUUCAUUUUAAAUCUGGUUUUGGCCAACAUUUAAUUAUUUGGUCUUCAUUGUAGGACGGGCCUUUACUGACAAAGUGGAUCGCUUGAAGUUGGCUGAAAUAGUGAAGCAGGCCAUAGAGGUAAAGACACAUUUACAAGACUGUCAGUAG